UGCAGCAAAUAAAGUGAAGAGUGCCUGUGGCAUUCACAUGUAGGUUACUGUUAUCAAGCAUCAUAUGUCACCAUAACACCCUGCCUGAGGUGGAUUUCUUUAAGUAAAUGAACACACACAUCCCUUGACUUCCAUUCAGAAUAUACAUCUAUCUCUCUUCCUCUCUCUCUUUCUCUCUCUCUCUCUCUCUGAGUGUGUGUGGCGCCAUAGUGGAAAACACUGCAGUUCUUUCAGCCAGUCAGUCAGUCAGAGCCAGUAGCCUAUACACACUGUCUCUCUGCCUCAUUCAGCGCCUGGCUCACUCUCUCUACGCUCAACACUCGCUUGCUUUUCGCCUCCUCACUGCAUCUGUCCUCUUCUCCCUGAAGAGAGGUACCAUGCAUCCUCCCUUCUCCUCCUCUUCCUCCUCCUCCUCCUCCUCCUCCUCUCCGCUUGUCUGUUACCAUUCCAGGGUCCCUUUAUCAAACAGAGCAUUCUUGCUGCAAAGCCGAGGACCAUAAAAGCUGUUCUACCGUGCUUGAGGACUUUGGAGACGGGACAAGGCUGUUUGCCAGGUCUGAGGACAGCUGCUGAGGACACUGCUGAUGCUUCUGUUGGGAUGCGGAUCUUCGCGGGACCUCUGCUUGCUGUGUAACACCACUUGAUUCCUCCCAAAGUUGCAGGAGGACACACUUCAAUCAAGAAUUUGGUCCUGCUUCGUUCUUGUUUCUCAGAGAACGCUGACAACAGUGUGUUCAGUCUUCUUUUUGGUUUAGCGGAACAUUUGGCUUUUCUCUGCACACCUUUAACCCUCACCCCCUCUAACAACAACACUCCUGCUCUCAAGUGCUCUUCAGGUGGAGCCAGACUGGCACAGGAUCAACAUCUCAGCUCCUUACACACACUGACCAGGACUGCACCACUGUUAUGUCUGAUUUUGACAUAACAUCACAUUGACAUUCUACUCCUGAAGAAAACUGAACAAUUUUAUGCGCCGAUCAUUCCUGUCUGUGUUUUCCAUAUGAGAUUCAGCAGCACCAGGCAGAACUGGCCUGGACCACUGACUUUCAACUCCACAUAAGAACAACAAGGACAAAAUUCAAAAGUUCCUCAGUGAGAAAAAAAACUGUUAAGCACUUUAAGGACACAAACAAAGCCUUGUUCGUCUUGGAGCAGCUCUAGACAACCAUGCAGGUGUCCUUUGCAUGUACGGACCACGGGCUGAAGGCCCCGCGUAACGGUGAGCACAGCAAGCAGAACGCCACCAGCCCCAACACAGCCAGCCAGGCCCGUGCCCGCUUCCGCACCGUGGCCCUGAUAGCUCGCAGCCUGGGCUCCUUCACCCAUCGCUACCACCACAACCUCAAGGAGUCCACUGCCAAGCUCACUGGCAUGAAGUACCGGAACCUGGGGAAAUCUGGGUUGCGUGUCUCCUGUCUCGGGCUCGGCACAUGGGUAACAUUUGGAGGUCAGAUCUCUGAUGAGGUGGCAGAGCAGCUGAUGACUAUCGCCUAUGAGAGCGGGGUCAACCUGUUCGACACGGCUGAAGUCUACUCCGGGGGGAAAGCAGAGAUAAUCCUGGGAAACAUCAUCAAGAAAAAGUGCUGGAGGAGAUCCAGCCUGGUGAUCACCACAAAGCUCUACUGGGGUGGAAAAGCAGAGACGGAAAGAGGCCUCAACAGAAAACACAUCAUUGAAGGUUUGAAGGGCUCCCUCCAGAGGAUGCAACUUGAGUAUGUGGAUGUGGUUUUUGCCAACCGGCCAGACAGCAACACUCCCAUGGAGGAGAUAGUAAGAGCGAUGACACAUGUCAUCAACCAGGGGAUGUCCAUGUACUGGGGGACGUCCCGAUGGUCCGCAAUGGAGAUUAUGGAAGCAUACUCUGUGGCCAGACAGUUUAAUUUAAUUCCACCGGUGUGUGAGCAGGCAGAGUAUCACUUCUUCCAGAGGGACAAAGUGGAAACUCAGCUGCCAGAGCUCUACCAUAAAAUAGGGGUGGGAGUGGUGUCUUGGUCCCCGUUGGCCUGUGGAAUCAUCACUGGGAAGUACGAGAAUGGCGUCCCAGAAUCCUCCAGGGCCUCAAUGAAGCCAUACCAGUGGUUGAGGGAGAAAAUAAUGAGCGAGGAUGGGAGGAAACAGCAAGCCAAGCUGAAGGAACUGGCUCAUAUCGCGGAAAAGCUCGGAUGUACUUUGCCGCAGCUAGCCAUAGCCUGGUGCCUGAGGAACGAGGGAGUGAGUUCAGUGCUGCUGGGCUCCUCCAAUCCAAGCCAGCUAACAGAGAACCUGGGAGCCAUUCAGGUAAUUCCAAAGAUGACAGCAGGCAUUGCCACAGAAGUGGAUCAUUUACUAGGAAACCGUCCUCACAGUAAAAAGGACUACCACCAUUAGGAUGGAGCCUGUUUUAGUGAACUAUGCUUGAAAAGCUUAUCAAAGCUCACUUCUCACAGCCAUGGCACCAUAAGUGCGUGCCCAACUUUGCUUGUGUGCGCGUAUGACUGUAUGUUUGACUGUGCUCUGCUUGGCUCCUCGUUUGUAUGAAGAUCAACCAGUACUCAUUACUGUAAAGUGAGCUACUUGACAAAAACAUGCAUGUCACAGCUAUAGCAGUCAGCCACUGGACAGAACAACAGUUAGAAGAUGCAGGGAGAUGAUUCCUGGAGUGAAAUUCUUCUCCGCUCCAACAAAACUGUGCAGAAACUGCCGAAUCACAAAUUUAAAGAAGCAAAAGAUUUGAUUAUGGAGAAAUAAUUUACUGCACAAUCAAGCUCAAGCUGAUUGACACUAGCAUGAGCCAGUUAGUGAACAAUGUCCACAAAGUAUCACAUAAGCUCAUGGAAGUGCAGUAAACAUAUGACAGAUAUAUCUUACCUUAGAUGUUUGUGAUGUAAAAAAAUCUAUAUAUAUAUAUGCCAACACUUCCCAUUGCAGCUAGAGCUCAUGUUGACCUGUCAACGUGAUGAAUCGUUUCAAUACUGGAUGAACUGAAAUUCUGCUUGCUAAUACCAAGAGAGCUAAGUGAAACUAAAAUGCAUUUCCCAACAUCUGUACUGACUGUUAUAUAUUUCCAUUAUUAAGCAGCUAUGUCAGAAUGAGCUUUUUAUUUCUUUUUUCUUUUUCUUUUUCACUUAUGCAAAAGUACAGCAUAGUGUACUUUCCUACUACACCCCUCCAACCUCUUGGACUAUGCCAGACUUUCUGUCAGUAACAAUAAUACGUCUGAUUCAUUUAAUUUCAGUCUGUGUUGUGGCUAAAAUGUUCGUCUAGUUGAAGUUGGGAAGAUGAUGAUCCUCCUCGUGGAAUUAAAAACAAAGCCAUGUAGCUAAUGAAGAGACUUACUAAAUAAAUAAAUGAAUAAAUAAAACCAUAUGGAUCCCUGCAGUCAUUGCACCUGGACCACACUAACUCUUACCCAACUUCGCCCAGAUGCCAGUUUUUACAUAAUUGGAUGAUCUCUGUUAUGUUCUGUCUGUUCAAACAUAUAUUCCAGUGUUGUUCUUUAGAUUUGUACAUACAAAUAAAGAGCUUAUAAUUCUCAUGUGAUAUGUUUUAAAGACCUACAGCAAUUUUCUAUAUAACGUUAUGGAUGCCUAAAGUUUUACCUAAAUGCCUAAUAUUUUGCCACUUAUGAAUUAAAAUAACAAAGCUUGAGUAGACUUAUUGUUUGCUGAGUUACAUUGUAAACUGCAGUAAAAAAAAAAAAAAAAAAA